AUGCUAUUCCAACUUCUGCUGCUCUUGUGGUCGAUUCAGAAUCUCCUGCACCUGACUAAUCUGCCCAGCCUUCAUGAUCUUCAACGCCUCCUGUCCCACGGAUCCAGGCCUCACAUUUCCCAGCAUCUGCCUUACAAACUCAUACGCAUCCAACGAAUCCAGUGGAUUGGCCGUGCAUAUGUCUUCACACAGCAUCUCCUCCUCACUGCUCUCCUCGUUCUCCUCAUUCUCUUCAUCUGCCAUCAACUCGUUUCUCUUCUUUAUUGCNUUGUGUACUAA